CUUUGGCACUUGUGAUCGAGUGAGUGCAGAGUGCAUUUGUGACAACGAUCACUUCAGCUCUGAUUGCAGUGGGGUUUGUUCGGAUCACUGCUAUGCAGCAGGAACCGAGCUUUGCUCGUUGCCGAGUGGUGCCACGACACCAGAGUGCACCUGCAAGCCAAGCUAUUGGGAUGCAGACUGCCGGUGGAGCUGCACCUGUACUGAAGCCGGAACAUUGAAGUGCAACGAUGGCUCUACGGGUGAUGGGUCCUGUCAAUGCAAGUCUGGAUUUAUCGGCUUCGCCUGUGACAGCUGCGCCGCCUACAUGUAUCCUCCUGGUGAAUGCUUCCGGCGGUGUGAGGAGGGAGUCGAUUGCUUUCGAGGAUCUUGCACACCCUUCACCGGCAUUUGUGAGUGCGAGACUGGCUUUGAAGGCUCCAAUUGUGGGUGCUCUGUGGACAUGAGUCCUGGUGACAGUUGCGGAGGACGAGGUUUCUGCACGGAGAAUGGAACCUGUCAGUGCGACGUCAGGGUUCAAGGCGCUUCGUGCGCCGACAGCAAGUCCUACCAGCUGGCUGAGACCAAUUGUCCAUACUGCAACAACGUGGGCAUUUGCAUUGAGGAGACAGCUGGGCAGUUCGCAUGCAGCUGUGCAAAGCAGCUUGGAUACUAUGGCGUCAAUUGCGAGGUCUUUUGCAGCACUUGUAACCCUUCGAACACCAGGAACUGUGCUAUUGCCAACCAGGUGGAGCAAUGCUUCUGCGAAGAUUGGUGGUGGGGUGAGGAUUGCAGCAGACCUUGCCCAUGCGUUCGUGAAGGGUCGACGUU